AUGCCAAAAAACAAAUCUACACCACCAAAACCGCGCAGAGUGUCAUUUGCAAAGAAACUGAGCAUAAUUUACAUAAAAAGUGAUGAUGUAAGAGGCGCAUCACCGUGUAAUAUGAGUAUCGAUGGGGGUGAGGUAAGUGUGGAGAUAACGAACGAUUAUGGGAGCUAUGUAGAUGGUACGGAUGGGAAGAGAAUGAAUAGGAGGAUAAGCGGAGGUGCAGAUGAGAGGGGAAAUGAUAAAAAUGUAAGUAUGACUGGUGAUAAGUGUGAUGAUAAGGAUACGAGCGUAGAUACAAAAGAUGAAAAGCGAUUCUGCUCCAGUAAUGAAAUGGCGAACGAAGGAGAUGUUAUUCAUGCGUAUGAUAACAAUCAAUUAAGUAAUAAAAAUGCAGUUUAUGCACGUGAACAGAGAAUUGAUACUGAGCCUUUUAGUAGCGCACAAUCAAGGACAAGCAUAAACAAGGAAAACGUGUUGAAUACCGGUGGCACAGAAAGAAUUGAUUCGAUGAACGAACGGAAAGAUGAGUUUAUGAAUGUAAGAAUGGAGAAUGUGAUAGAAGAAACGAAGGAUAAGAAUUUGAUAGACAUGGAGAGAGUGGAUGAAGUGGUAAGGGAUGUAGUAAGGGAUGUAGUAAGGGAUGAAGUGAUAAGGGAUGUAGUAAGGGAUGAAGUGGUAAGGGAUGUAGUGGUAAGGGAUGAAGUGGUAAGGGAUGAAGUGGUAAGGGAUGAAGUGGUAAGGGAUGAAGUGGUAAGGGAUGAAGUGGUAAGGGAUGAAGUGAUGGGUAGAGGAACUGAGAAUGAAGAUAAUAAUGGAGCUGAGAAUGGAAAUAAGAAUGGAAAUAAGAAUGAAAAUAUUAAUGGAAAUAUUAAUGGAAAUAAGAAUGGAAAUAAUAACGCAGUACAAAAUAACAAGGAUGUGCUAAUAAAUACGGUUGAUCUGCGUAAAAUAAUACGAAAAGAUGAAGAAGAACUGAACAUAAACGAAAGGCUGGCAUCAAUAGGCAUACGCUUCUUAGACGAUCUCAUACUGAAACAGACAAGAAAAUCAACGCUCAUCAAAACAAAAAACGAAAUUGAUGAACACCUCUACGUAUACUACAAGCUGUACUACGAACAAAGGAUGGCAUUCUUCUGCUCGUUCCUGAGUUACAUCAAGGAUAAAAUGAAGGAGCAUGAGCAAGUGCUUGCCAGCAAACACAAAGAGAUGAGAGUUGAUGAUUUUAUACGUAUGAAGAAUGCAAAGGCUCUUAAGACAGAGUGCAGGAACAGGACAAGAAUACGGUGGCAUGAGUUGAGGCGAACAAGGGAGAUGAAUUUUAAUAAGAGGAUGGUUGAGUGCAGGGAUGAGUUGGUUGAGGUAAAUAGGGGGAUGGAGAUAGAGAGGGGCAGGAGAGAGAAAGAGAGACAAAGGGUUAGAGAUGAGAUUGAAAGAUUGGAGAUAAGGAUGGGAGAUAUGAACAGGAAUGGUAGCGUGAGUAGGAGCGGUAGUGCUCCCAGUUCAACUGGCAACAACCUCAAAAAUGAUAAUGAAUCCAUAAAGAGCGUGAACAUGUACGAUUUUGAAAGAAUGAAGCGCAAAAUAAAAGAACAAAACGAUCUGAUAGAAUGUCUGAGCAAGGAAGUACAGGAAAAGAAGAAAUACAAUGCCAUCCUCAAGCAAAGAAUACAAAGCGAAAGAAAAGAGGAGCAAACACUUCGUGUAACGAUCAGAGAGAUGGAAGAGAAUGCACGUACCAAAACGGUUGAUGAACAGGAAUGUGAACAGAUGAAGAAGAGGUACCUGUUGAGUGCUACAUUCUAUCAGUGUGAGGUACUUAAGGUAGAGAAUGAAAGGAUAGAAUUUAAUUUUUUACAGUUUGGGGUGGUGUACGGUGUUAAGGGAGCGGUAGUGCGUGCUACGGUUAAGAAUGAGUUCAUUAAUUUUUAUGUUAGGGUGGUCAACGAAAGAAUUGGUAAGGUAGUAGCAUGUUACGAUAAUGAAAAGGACAGUAAUUGCGAUAGUGGUACGGAUAGCAGUACUGAUGUGUUGCAUCCAUCCUUUGUCAUCAACACACUUUCAUUGGUCAGCUUUUACUACGAAGAAAUCCUUGUGAUGGAGAGGAAGUACUUCUUGGAUAUGGUAAUAAAUGAUGGUGUGUAUUUGAAUGUACGAGUACCGAGUAUAAGUAGCGAUGAGAGGGGCGUAGAAAUGUUUAUUGAUACAGAAUUAGUGGUGUACGUUAAGAUGGAUGGAAAGUAUGUGAGGAGUAGUAGUAUUAGCUUGUUAGAUAUUGUUGAAUGA